GCUGCUGCUGUUUUGUUGCUUGCGGUGGUGGUAGUGGUGGUGUUUGUGAGUUAGCUUAUAGAUGAUAAAAGUUAGUUAGUUAGUUCUCAGCAGUUGGUGGGUAUAUACCCCUAUACGUACAUGAUACAUCAACAUGGUGUACACAGGGAAGAACAUUAUUAUUAUCAGCAUUCUACUGCUGCCUCUCCUCGGAUUUUUCACAUUCUCAUCAGCUCAGAAAAAAGAUGAUGCGAACAAAACUUAUACAGUUACCUCCAUUCACUCUCCCCCCUUUGUUCUCCACACUGUCAAUGAAACAACCGGAGAAGAGACCUACAGUGGAUUCAUUGUUGAUAUCUUGGACGACAUUGCCAAAAUGAAUGGCUUUAAAUACAAGAUUCAAAUGGUUCGUGACGGAAAAUAUGGAGCAAUUUCAAAAGGCGGAAACUGGUCAGGAAUGGUCGGAGAAAUCAUAAACGAGGUGGCAGAUAUUGCCGCAGCUCCCCUCACUGUGACAGCCGCUCGUCAGAAGGUCAUUGAUUUUUCUGCACCAUUUCAAAAAGCAAGCCCGGCCAUUUUACUCCGUAAGCCAAAGAACGACCAAGUCGGGUUUGUGGAUCGAUUUAUGAGGCUUUUUGUACCCAUGUCUUCUAGUGUUUGGCUGCACACCUUCAUCGGGAUGCUGGCAACUGCCAUUGCUCUCUAUGUCAUCUGCUACUUCAGCCCCAUCGAAUGGCGGAAAAUGGCCAUCCACAAAGACGCGACUUUCAGAGAAAGAGAGUCGUUCACGUGUCUGAACAGUUUUUGGUUUGUUGCAAGCUGCCUCGUUUGGCAAGGAUAUGAAAGAACGCCUCGCUCGGUCGGCGCCAGAAUUAUUGUUUUCUUCUGGUGGGUAUUCUGCGCAUUAUUUCUCAUGACAUAUACAGCGAGUUUGACGAAUUAUUUGCGCAUCAUCUCCCAGUGGGACGCUCAUUGGUCCAGUAUGCCUGUAGUAGGUGACCUCCAGGAGUUGUCCAAUCAGAACGUCAUAAAAUAUGGAAUGAUAGAGGGUGGAUCGACAAGCGCAUCCUUUGCAAACAGUAACGUAGGCUUCAUGAGAAAUAUCUACACCAAUAUCAAAAACCGCAAUUCUUUUCACAGCUCCAUUAAUGACGGAGUUGAUAGAAUUCGCAAAUCGUUUGAAGAACCAUAUGCUUUCAUAAUGGAAUCACCUUCGGCUAUGUAUCUUGCCAAUCGAAAGCCAUGCGAUCUCAUGCUCAUUUUGGACCCAUUAGCAUAUGAAAGAUACUUUGCUUUCGGCUUCAAAAGAGGAUCUAACCGCGUCGGCGCUUUCAACCAAGCAAUCCAAGAAAUGCGAGAGAGCGGCCGCCUAAAUGAACUUAAAAAUAUUUGGUGGAAAGACCAAUGCGCCAGUUUUGACAAUGUUUUACAAAAACCAGCGAGGGAAUCGUUUUAUUCGGUGACACUCGGAAGUUUUUCGGGAGUUCUCAUAAUGUUGGCAAUUGGUGUGAUACUCGGUUCUAUUGUAGCAGGAAUUGAAGGACUCGUGACCCGACGAAAAUACAGCGUUACCGGAAGCAUUUAAUGAAAUGCUUCAAUUAAAAGAAAAUAAUUACAGAAAACUACAUUAAUUAAAAAGUGAAAGACAACUAUUAAUUAAGAUUUUUAGUUAAA